ACGUUUCGGUCAAACAUGACCUUCCUCAGACCGGAUUGCUGCGGAGGAGAGGUGGAGUUAAGGAGAAGACGGUAUGCUGUGACCGUGUGGCAGCUCCCAGAAAGUGGUUACUUGACGCAAGCUCCCCUUCUCUAUGGUGGUCCUGUGGACUUCUGUGCUGGAGAUUAUAUGUGGCGGAUUAUCGAACUUUCUGGAUUAUUAAAUGCUGGUGGCAAUUACAAGAAAAUGGCUGGGUCAAAUUUGACAAAUGAGGUAUCGUUGGAAAGGUCUUUGAAAGAGCUAUCAGAUGAGAUAGCGGCAUUAGAACGUCAGGUGUUUGACUUCCUGGGAUAUCAAUGGGCUCCAAUCUUGGCAAACUUCCUGCAGAUCGUCGUCAUCAUAUUAGGGCUCUUUGGAACUUUACAGUACAGACCUCGUUAUGUGAUUGCUUAUGCCAUCUGGGCAGCCGUUUGGGUGACCUGGAAUGUUUUUCUGAUCUGCUUCUACAUGGAAGUAGGGGAUCUCUCCAAGGACAGUGACCUCCUCACGUUUCACGUGUCUCAGCAUCAGUCUUGGUGGAGUGAGCAUGGUCCGGGAUGUGUGAGGAAAGAGUCACCUGUUACCGGCAUGCCCGGGUUGGAAAGUCACUCUUAUGUAUCAGUGGUUGGAUGUGCCAUAGAAUACCAGUACAUUGAGGUGUUACACAGUGCCUCACAAAUACUGCUCUCGCUUCUUGGAUUUGUGUAUGCCUGUUACGUCACCAGUGUGUUCACAGAAGAGGAGGAUAGCUUUGAUUUCAUUGGUGGAUUUGAUCCAUUCCCUCUCUACCAUGUCAAUGAAAAGUCCAAUCACCUGCUGUUCAAGCAGAGUUACCUGCCAUCGUAAAUGAGCUGCCAUACACAAGAAGCAGAUCUUCAGUCAACUGGCUAUAGGAUACAAGUGCCCAGUGACCUGAAACAUAACAGACUAUUUACUGGCAUGAGGUAUAGACUGCGGAGAUGACACCAGAGCUGCCUCAUGGUGCCAGCAGAGACCUCCCCCUGGUUAUCUGGCAAUGUUACAGUGUGCUGGAGCACAGGGACUACGGACUACAUUGGUAUUGCCAAAUGGACUCAUUCGAUCCUAAAAGGAGGCCAAAAACAUAUCCCAUCUGUGACAUCUACUUUGACUAAUUCUACAAUUUCCAUUUCAUCCAUCAAAACCGAGGAAUAUUACAGUGUGAAAUCUGGUGGAACAAGGCUAAAUGGGACCUGGAAGUGACUUGAUAGCCCAAUCCCUCCACCAUGGACAUAUUAGAUUUGUACUUUUACAAUAAGUAACCUGUUCUAUUUAAGGGUCAGUUAUUAAAUACCCAAUUGUGGUCUUAA